UAGCGUUGAAGCUGUGUAUCCGGUGUAACCAUGAAUGCACCAGAGCCAGUCUGUUGUCAAGAGAAACGUUGCUAAUCUUUCCUCACGGCUGCUAGCUACAAAGUGAAGUUUGGAUUCAUCUUUGUCUGUAUUGUCUCUGCGACAGUGCGAAGAUGUUGGGGUACAUCUGGCAGUAUGUCUACUCAUCCUUCCUCAGAUACUGGCUGAAGUGGCUCAUCAGACAGGCAACAGGGAAGUGUGAGCUGCAGAGAAUAUGCUCUGGAUACAAACCAGGAGCUACAAGGACAGAAAAAACAGAAUAUUCCCUCCGGUCGUCUAAGAACAAGGUUUUAAGAGGAGCUUUGGAAACGAGCAAGGAUAAAUUAGAGCAAUGUGUGGAUCAAAUUAUGAAAGAGAAGAACGUCAAACACCAGAAAGAUCCCCUGUUCAAGGAGAGCCUGCACAUCUGUCUGUUACAGAUAACAGGAUACAGCAGUCUGUACGUAUCUGUAGAAGACCUGAGAAAGGAAGUCUUCAGCUCAGAGAACGCAGAACAUGAGGCCAUGCUUCUGAAGCUGUGGGACCUGUUGAUGCCGACAGUCAAGCUGGAGUCAAGGAUAACCAAACAGUGGGGAGACAUUGGUUUCCAAGGAGAUGACCCCAAGACAGACUUCAGAGGAAUGGGCAUGUUGGGGCUAAUCAACCUUGUAUUUUUCAGUGAAAAUUACACAAAAGAGGCUCGUCAGGUGUUGUCUCAUGCAAACCAUCCUAAACUAGGGUAUUCAUAUGCCAUAGUUGGCAUCAACUUAACAGAGAUGGCCUACAGCCUCCUGAAGAGCGGUGCUUUGAAACCGCAUUUCUACAACACAGUCCAGGGAACACCUGAGCUCCGGCACUUCCAUCAGCUUUACUGUUACCUGGCGUAUGAAUUUGAUAAAUUCUGGGUGGCAGAGGAACCAGAAAGCAUCAUGCAGUUCAAUCAGUACAGAGAAAAAUUCCAUAACAUAGUCAAGACACAUCUACAGGACCCUGAUGUGUGCCUCACACUGACUGUCAGUUCUAAAAACUAACAUAAAUAAAGGACCAUAAAGGAUUAAUAUUGCCCCACAUGAGUUCUCCACAGCCCCUGACAUUGUUCGAUCAGGUAUAGGAAGGCGAGAAUGUUCGGCAUAGGCAAUGCAAAGACUGAAACUCAUCUGCCACUCAUAUGCCACUCCAAAACUCAGUUUGGUUUUGUGAUUUCUUCGUCAUAUUCUGUCCCUGUUGCAGUCAUACUUAAUUGUUUUAAAGUAGAGCACAAAUCUGCCACCCUAUACCUCAGAAAUGACCAUUCCAGUGGUUUAAUGUCCGUCAUGAAGAAGAAACAAGAGCUGCUGCAGACGACUGUGGUGAUAAUAACAGCUCUGUCUCAGCCAAAUUGUUGCAGUUUACAAACAUUUAUUGAAAAAUGGUGAUUGGCCACCAUAUUUUUAUUUGUCUUGUUUGUAUUUGUUGUCACGAUUGUCCUGCUCAGGAAUUUAAUAUUUAUGUCCAUGGCUGAAACCUAUGAUUUCCAUUGUAGAAGUUGUGCAUGGUUUAACAUGUCCCCACUGAUACUAUUAACACCAUCUGUGUUAUUUAAUGAUAAACGUGGAACUCAAAAUACUUGUUUGCCUGCUUUUCAUACAUUUGUAUGUCUGAAGACUGAUAUAUCAUGUUCUUUUCUGUUAUUUUUACACUGUGGUUUGCUUUUGAGGAAGUCCUGUAAUGAUUAACACAUCUCGCUCAAAGUUAAUAAACAGACAUUUUGAUGUUUUCA